CACUUCGGAUUAAACCGCUCACGGAGGAAGAUGUAGCAAAGCUCCCAUCAAGAUUUCAACGUCAGGUUAUAACAACCUCACCAUUCGCGUCAAAUCAGAUCAUUGUUGAAGCCGAGAAACAUCCAGUCUUUCAGUUCGAUUUCGUAUUCGGACCUGAAUCCACGCAACAAGAAAUAUAUGAUAAUAUCGCUGUUGAAAGUUUAAUAGAAAAUUUUCUAGAGGGAUUUAAUGUCACAAUCCUGGCGUAUGGUCAGACCUCGUCAGGAAAGACAUUUACCAUGGGCACUGCAGAUAACGAUCUAAUUCCAUCCAACCAAAAGGGAAUAAUUCCAAGAGCAAUGUCCACAUUGUUUUCUCUAAUGAAUACCAAGAAAUAUCAUUCCCAAAAAUUCACGAUGAAUGUUUCAUUCAUUGAAAUAUAUAAUGAAGAUUUAAUUGACCUCCUUGGAGAAGGAGUGGGCGAUUCCAGGCCACAUGUCACAAUCCGUGAGGACUCAAGAGGGAAUAUUUAUUGGAAUGGAUUGCAAGAAAUGAGAGUUAAUAGCGUGGAAGAAGUAAUGGGGUAUCUAAUAAAAGGCUCGCAAAACCGACAAGUUGGUGCCACCGAUAUGAACUCCCAGUCCUCGAGGUCACAUGCGAUUUUCUCGGUGACGAUGUCACAUCAGAAAUUUGUUAACGGAGGGGCAUCGUCUCCACCCCCUUCGAGAUCCCAAAGUCAGAUAAAUUUGGCCGGUAGUGAGAGGUUAAAACGCACUGCCGCUAGCGGGGACAGAGCAAAGGAAGGAAUAUCUAUUAAUUCGGGCCUGCUUGCACUGGGUAAUGUCAUUUCCAUUUUGGGAGAUCCGAACAAGACGAAACACAAAACACACAUUCCCUAUCGAGACUCAAAACUCACCCGACUAUUGCAAGAUUCCCUCGGAGGAAAUGCAAAGACAUUGAUGAUAGCCUGCGUUUCCCCUGUCGAACUCAAUUUGAGUGAAACUCUUAACACACUCAAGUAUGCGCAAAGAGCCCGUAACAUAAAAAAUUCGGCCACAGUAAACCAAGAGGAAACAUCGUGGAAUGACGUUGGACAUCUACAGAAUCUAGUGCUAAAACUUCGAGGAGAGGUGUCGUCGUUGAAGGUAGCCCUCGCUGCGUCCGAAGCAAGUACCGCAGGUAACAAUGUAGGGGAUAACAAGUCCAAUGAUAAAACCUCUCCACCCGCUACCAAUGGAACGGUGCCAUCUGCGGUUAAUGUACAAACAACGCAAAGUUUACUGAGACCCCCGACGUCCGGAACAAAAAUCCCAGGAUCAGGAAUUUCGGGAAGAAAGACCCCAACUCCCACGGCUUCCGGAAUUCCGGGAAGAAAGACUCCAACUCCUACGGCUUCCGGAAUUCCGGGAAGAAAUACCCCAACUCUCGCAGCUUCCGGAAAGCCUGCACCAUCCCUUGCACUCACCAGAAGUGUCUCGACAUCGGGUAUACCCGGAAAGGUUACACCAACUUCAGGAAUUCCGGGCAGAACCACUCCGACAUUAGGUUCGGGGCGAGAGGCGACAAGCAUGUUAAGACGCUCGUCGAAUAACAUCAGUUUCGAUGAGACACAAGAGACCCGAGAUCACCUGGAAACCAUAGAACAUCAAUUCUUGCAACUUCAGAAAUCCUACGCAGAACUUUCGGCGAAAUACGGAAAAGUGUCGGCAGAACUCGCGAAGCAUCAGGAUAAUAACGAAAAUACAGAAAAAAACUUCAUAUCGUUGGCCGAGCCGAUUAUCGAGGAAUAUGAGAAAUCCAUUUCAACACUGGAGAGCAACCUUGCCGCAACUCAGGCUGCCUUAACACACGCCGAGCUAAUGUUGGAGGGGCAUCAAGAGAAAUUGGCGAAAUCUCAAAAGACCACCAAUUUAUACAAGGAGAUCGAAAGUAGUUUGCGAAAUGAAAUCGAAAAAUUAAAGUCAAAAUUGGAAGAACGUGAAGCUCAAGCCAAGUUGGUAGAAAAACGUGAUGCGCAACUGGAUGAGCUGAAGAUAAAGCAUCAGAGGUCACUCGAUCAAAUACAAGAACUCCAGUCUAAACUAAUGGAUGUCAAUCAGCAGGUCUCUGAUCUCGGCUCAAAACUGUCCAAUUUACAAGACAAUCAUGACAAGAAGCUAGCGAAUCUUGCGGAUUCCGAAUCGAAAUAUCAAGCAAGCCUUCGAUUGAUUCACGAUCUUCAGAUUCAACUCGACGAAACCCAACAGAAACAUUCGAGAAUGAUUGAAGAUUUGCACUCGACGUCUUCAACACCAAUGACGCCAUGGACGCCGAUGUCCUCACAUCCUGAAUCACGAAGUGAUGGAUCAUCGCCACCAAAGCCCGCAGAGCCUUCUGCAACAUCAAGACCUCUGUUGCAUCGCAAAGCAAAAUCAAUGUCGUCAGUCGAGAUUAGAGGCGACUCAUCAUCACACGCAGCCAUAAUAGAAAAACUUCAGUUUGAACUUGAAUUGUUCGAGUCUUUCCACAAAGACAAAUCACAAAGCUUGGAUGCGGUCAAACGAGAAUUAAAUAAAUUGGAACAGCAUCAUCAGGAGACAUUAGAGGUGGUUAGCGAACUUCGCGGAGAGAUUGAGAGACGUGAUGCGUUGGCAUUGUUACAGGUUAACUCGGUGAUGAAUAAUUUCGAGAAUGGAAUCCACUCUCCAUCGGGUAGUCGAGUCAACGAACUGGAGAUAGUCAAUCGCCUCAGGAAAGAUGUGGACCAAUUAAAAGAGAGACAAAGACAAAUAAUGCAAAAUAUUUUUGAACGAGAGAAAGAGGACAAGCUCAAGUCUGAAGAAGCUCGGAGACUACAAUUGAGUAUAUUCCAACUUCGAGAAGAAUUGAUUGUUGCGGUCGAAGAACAAAAGCACGCAAGCGACACCGAAAAAGCGUCAUCGAUGGUCGUUGAAUUGCUAUCAAAGAUCAAAGAAUUAGAGGAGAAACUGGCAGCAACACGAGUCGAUAGCCAACUUACUCUCAUCGCAGAAGACUUUUUAGUUGGCACCAGUGAUCCCCGUAGCGUGGAGACGAUCGAACUUCGCGAGAAAGUUGAGAAAAUUCAAGCUGAUAUACAGGCGAAGAGUCAAACUAUCGCCAUCCUCCUGCUUUCAGAAGGAUUGCAAGGGGUCGGGGCUUAUCGCCUUACUAGUAACGAUAAGAUCGCAAACAUGAAGGUAACCAACGAAAGUCCAAUAAACACUGUCGAUGGUGAUUUCCUCGGGGAAAUGCCCUCUGACAAGUUGGAACAAAACAAUAUCGACGAGAGAGUCACUGCAAAAGAUACAUUUGACAUUAUCCAACUAAAACUUUCAUCUUUGCAAAAAGAGUUGAGCAACGAGUCUGACAGCAACAAUAUCUCGCAGGAUGUUGUUGAUAAUAAAGAAGAAUCCAAGGAAGGCUUGGUGUCACUUUUACAAUCUUACUUUGAAACAUUAAAAUCCGAUAUCAAGCGAAAGAAUGAGCUUAUCGAAAGCUUAAAGCUUGAUUUAAUCGACAAAGGAAUGAUACAACGAAGACUCUGGGAGUGUGAGGCGGAACUUUUAGUACUUUCGCAGAGGUUUAUUAUAAUCGAAAGACAUGAGCGAGAACUGCAGAAUCAAAAUUCUCGAGCAGAGGGUAUCGACAAAUUAAAGGCAUCAAGGAGCGAAUACAAUAAUAGUAUGGGAAAAGAAGUAUUUAUCCUUGAACGACUUCGAACCUUGGAUUCCGAGGAAUCAAGAAUACAAAAAGAUCUGGAGUGUAUUAUUACACAGGAAUUAUUGGGGUGUGAUCAGUCAAAUUUGGCUAGAAAAUCGGAGAGUGCUGAAGAGAAGUUGGAACGAUCGUCAGAAGACGAGCACAACAAGAAAUCAGCUGCAGAACAGUUAAGAUCUCAACUUAAUGACAUCAAGGAAACCAAGAAGACAAUUAUUCACGAGUGGGAAAGCAUGGAGUCAAAUUUCCGUGCUCAAGCGAAGCUUGUCAUCACUCUCGAGGAUGAAAUACAAAUGUUGAUGGACGAACUAAAAAUGACUAAACAAAGUCGCUCGGAGAUCUUGAAAAAAUCCAAAGCGCUUGAAGAUCAACUGGCAAAAGUUGAAAAAGAACGUGAAGGAUGUGUAAGGCGCGUUAAUGAUUUACAACAGACAAUUGAGGGCCGCGAGGUAGAACAGAAAGAUCUGGUCUCAUCAUUCGAGCGCAGAAUAUCUGACCUCGACACCCAAAUUCAUGACCUCAAGACGGCACUGAAGAAGACCAGCGAUGCCUUAACCGAAAAAGAGCAAUCAUUGUCCAUCAAGGACUCUCUUCUUAAAGAACUGCAAUCCAGCAUCCAACGAGUCGAAGAUGAACUGAAGACCGUUGAAUUGGCGAAGUCUGCCGAAAGCGAGCGUGCGAGAAAAUUCCAAUCCAACAUUGUCUCUCUUGAAUCGAAAAUCGUGGAUCUUGAGACAAAACUCCAUGAGAGUCCUUCUCCUGAGGACUUGGAGGCGAUGCGGCAAUCAGCCGCAAAGAAUCUUGCGCUCGUCAAAGAAAUGGAAAUAAAAUUAGAGGAGACCGACGGUCAAAAUGCGACCGAGAGAGCAACAAUUCUUGAAACGGUUUCCAGGUUGACGAUCGAACUAGAGGAAAAGAGGGUUACAGAAGACGAUCGAAAACAAUUGAUAAAAGAAUUAGAGGGAGUCUUGCACGAACGGGAGGAAAAAUUGAAGGAGAUCAAUAAAAAGUUUGAGCAAGCGAAAGAAUUGGAAUAUAGACAGACCGAGAAAGUUCAAGCGUUGGAAAUUCAACUUCAAGAUCUUCAGAGAAGUAGAGACGAGGAAUUGGUAAAACUUGAAGAAGCCAAUGCUGAGAUGGAAAACCUUAAAGAACAGUACCUGUGUUUACAAAAUGAUACUAGAAUUGCCGCCCAAAAUUCGGAAAACCUCGAAAAAAUCAUGUCCAACGAUCUUAGAACACAGCUCGGUCAGUGCCAAGAAAUGAUCGGCGAAUUGAAAAGUAAAAUAAUUCAAUUGGAGAAUGAAAAGGAAAAACAAUGUAAGAUCAAGUCAGAAAUGGAAGAGCGAUACAGGAACCUUCAACAAGAACAUACAUUGGUAAAAGAAGAUUUCGCCGAAACGGUCGGAAGGCUUGAGGAACUCGAGUUGCUCUCUCACGAACAAAAGAGAAGACUAAUGGAAUUGGAGACUUUACUCGAAGAGGCGAUCGAGAAACAGGAAGGUUAUUCCAGAGAUGUGGAAGAAGAGAAGAAAGAAAAAUUGAGCAUAAUGGCAUCAUUGGAAAAGUCGCUUUCAGAAAAUCAAAAAUUACUUGGAGAAUCGGAGCAGCAACUGCAAAAGAUGAAACAAGAAAACAUGGAACUGGAAAGACAGGUGUCUGCCUUGAAGGUCCAAUUGGAUGAAAUAACCGAACAGUAUGAACAAGCCAAGUUAUCGGUGCAGGAAGAAAAGAAAACCAAUGAACAGGAGAGAAAGGCCAAGGAUGUAGCAUUGAAUGAACUGGAAACUCAAUUAAAAGCAUUUCAAUGCGUGUAA